AUGAAGCGCAGACCCGACGGCCUCUUCCUACUUUUCUUUCGUGUCAUGUACCUCACUAUCUUCACAGGGUUCACGUGUUUUACCAUUCUGGGCUUUGCGGCUAUUGGAACUGGCAUUGGGAUUGCAGCAACAGUUGUAGUUGCUAUUGGGUCUGAGGUUGCCUUUGUGCUGGCUAAGAAAGAGGAGGCAGAGAAGCGGAGACAGGAGCGAUAUCUGGUAUGA